CAUGGCGACUGCACGGUCAACGAUCCUUGCGUUUGCCCUAGGUCUUUCGUUUGGGGUUUUUGUCGUUACUGUUCUAAACCGCUUCAAUCAGGAGGAGACUAUGCAAAAGUUUUUUGUUCCAGAAAAGACCCAUGAAGGAGAAAUGCUAGAUAUUACACAUAAAAUGAUUCAGAGGGGAAGUAACUUCAAAGUCGAUUCACCAGUGGAUUUUAAUGUCGACAUGAAAGAUCAUCAUCACCACCUUUCUUUGAAUAAAGAGGCUCUUGAGGAGCAAAAGAAGAUAAAGAUUUUAUGCUGGGUAAUGACGAGCCCUAAAACUCUGCACGUCAAAGGCAAACCAGUUAAGGAGACUUGGGGGAAGCGCUGCAAUAUUCUUUUGUUUAUGAGCUCGGAAGCGGACCCAAAGUUCCCCGCAAUCGGACUCGAUGUUCAAGAAGGGCGCGAGAACUUGUGGUCGAAAACCCGCGCUGCUUGGGAUUAUGUUUAUACUCAUCAUCUCAACGAUGCUGACUGGUUCAUGAAAGCAGACGACGAUACGUAUGUUAUCAUCGAAAAUCUCCGACAUCUGGUGUCUAAAAUGAAUCCCGACGAACCGCAUUUCCUUGGAAGACACUUCAAAACAUUCGGAGGGUACAACAGCGGCGGGGCUGGAUAUGUAUUCAGUCGGGAAACAGUUCGUAGAUUUAAGAAAGCAUUGGGAGAUACCUCCAUUUGUUCAACUACAAGCUUUGCCGAAGAUGUGGAAGUUGGAAAAUGUCUCAAUGCCGUGGGAGUGAAACCCGACCAAACGAGAGAUUCAAGUGGAAGAGAGACGUUUAUGCCGCUCCCCCCGGAACACCACUUGAUUCCCGGUUAUUUACCCAAAGAUUUUUGGCUUUGGUCAUAUGAUAGCAACCCAUACAAAGAGGGACCUGAGUGUUGUUCAGAUCAUGCCAUCACUUUCCAUUACAUUAAUCCAAACAAUAUGUAUGUUUUAGAGUACAUGGUUUACCAUCUCAGGCCUUAUGGAAUGGUUCAUGAUGAUCACUCUUCCACUGAGGGUUCUGGAGGGGCAAAACAAAAAUAAACAACUUGAUUUUUGGAAGAGUUCAAUAUGACAUACUUUUGAACCUGUAUUAAGCAGCUCGAUAUUAACAUUCUAACUCCUAGAAGUGAUUAACAUUUAACUUAUCCUUUUAAAAUUCAUACAUUAAUCAGCAAUCAGGUAAUGAGAAUACUCAGUUUAUGAGGUUACAUUGUCCCCAUCUGUUUGAAUGGUCACUCAAAGAGAACCACUCAUCAAGUGACUGACAACUCAAUACAGGUUCCACUUUAAUGUAUUUGAAAUAUAUCUAUUAAUAUAAUAUAUUUGAGAAUAGCACAUAAUGAUAAGGAGUUUUAUCCAAGAGGAGCUCAGUGUGUUUAAUUUUAUCAUAGGUUUUCAAUUUUACUUCCCUCAGAUUCUGCAUACAAUAUUUUGUUACAAUGAGUUUAAAGUGAAGGUAUGUUGAAUUAAAGCUAAGCAUAAAAAUGCACCCCCAUGGAUAUAUAUUGCAACUUGAGGUUCCUUUUUCCUUUAUGAUCACUGGUAAGGUAGUUAUGAGCUGCAGCUCAUCUUAUGGUAAUUUAGAGUAAUUUGGUUUUAUCAACUGAGUUUAUAUCAUAAAUUGGUCACAGUAAAGAGUUAUAAAAGUGAUGUUUUGAGUGUUAGCCCUUAGUGGCUCUGGCAAAGGGCUACUGCUAGAUAUUACACAUAAAAUGAUUCAAAGGGGAAGGAACUUCAAAGUUACAGUUCACUUUGAAAUUUCCUCUAUGGUUUAGCGACCCUCUGAAAUGAAAAAUGUCCCUUCAAAACUAACUCAGAAGGACAAAUUGACCCAAAGUAGUCAAAUCCUAGCUCAAACCCAGCUUAUAGAAAUGGACACACUCUGAUCGGUAUGCCAUAUCUUUUUAUAAUAAUCCCGCACAAGUUAACUAUCAUACUGAAUUCAAAAUGGCCACUGCAUAGCUCUUUUGACGUUUAUGAGGAUAAAAGUAACAGAACUUUCAUUGUUUGACAUUGGACAAUGAAUCUCCUCAAGUUCAGUUAAUCUUUACAGAUAAUUUAACAUUAUUGAAUAAUAUUCACUACACCCUAGGUGAAUAAUUAGUGUCAUGUAGAAGUUCCUCAGAGCAGGUCGUACAAUGAAAAAUACUAUGUAAAUUGAGUGGAAUUUCUGACUGGCCUAAAGUGUAUUACGAGCUUACAUGCAGAUAAUUUAUAUUCCUUUUGCUUUGUUUUGUUACAAAAGGAACAUUUAAACUGCUUUGUAAAUUAGUUCUCAUAUCCUGAAGGUUGGUUUCAGGGAUUUCAAUAAUUUCAGUGGACAUAUUUAAAGAUGGUUCAUUUAACAGAGCCAGAAAAUAUAACAGGAAUUUAAUUGUUUUUCUUGCAAAAUCAUUGAAAAUAGUUGAACAGCAGAUU